AUGCCGGAGAGGCGGAGCCGUUCGCUCUCUCUCGUCUUCUCCAUUCCUCAAAAGCGCUAUGUAAUGUAAUAUUAUUACCAGAACGGAACUUCCACAUCAUCAUCAUCACACUCUCCUCCCAGACUGCUCUCUCCAUCGAAAAUUUCCCCGAAUCCGCCAUUAAUAUACUCUCACACUCUUCACAGUGCAUUGGGGAUCUCUCUCGCCGAUCGCAGAGCUUCCUUCCUUCCUUCCUUACUCCGGACCAAAUCCAAAACCGUCUCCUCUCCUCUCCUCUCUCCAUGCCCUAACACACUCCUCCAUUGAUCCGAAGCAGUAGCAGCAGCAGCAUUCGCGUUGUCUCCGCUGCGGAGUGCUUGUUCGCCGCCUGUUGCCGGCACAGAGAGCUUGUGGUGGGACGAUUGCGUCUUCAGCUCACGAAGUAGGAUCUCUUGCAUUACUUUUGAAUUGAAUAACGCGGUGUUGAGAACCUUCUUAGGGUUUGAGGUUCCGAUUGGUUCCUGCUCGAGAAGUGGCAUCGGUGGUAGGCAGAGCAGCGAAUGGAAGAAUUGCGUCCCGAUCGUUAGUGAUAUGAAAUUGGAGGCGAGAUUGGACUGUGAUGGGCGUGGCGAAGCCGUGGAGAUUCAGCUUGUUGACGGCGAACCAGGCUUUGUUACAGCACAACAAGACCCAUAACUACCACAGCAAUGGAAUCAGCAAUGCCAACGGCAAGCAGAUGCUUGGGAGAUCAUCUUCGACGACGGGCUCCUGUUCUCACAAGAGGAAGAUCUCGUUGUCGUUCGUCUGUGGCUUUAUGCUGUUCGCUUUAGGUUUGAUUUCGCUGCUCACUGGGCACGUGGUCUCUGAUCUUGAGUGGUAUUCUCAGCAACUGGUGCAGAGGAGCUUCUACUCGAAGCUGGAAGGAAGUCGCCGCCGGCCAAUUGAUAUUUGGAAGUCAAGAUAUUCAAAAUACUAUUACGAAUGCAGUGGAAGAGGCAGCCAUUUUUCUUCUGCUACACCCGAGCAAUCAUCAAAUGGCUAUCUGCUUAUAGCAGCUAGUGGAGGACUUAACCAGCAGAGAACUGGGAUAACGGAUGCUGUCGUUGUUGCCCGAAUCCUCAAUGCUACACUCGUGGUGCCCGAGUUGGAUCAUCACUCAUAUUGGAAGGAUGAUAGUGAUUUUGUGGACGUAUUUGAUGUUGACUGGUUCAUUUCUUCCCUGGCAAAAGAUGUUACAAUUGUGAAAAGAGUUCCUGAUAAGUUCAUGAGAUCAAUGGAGAAACCACCUUAUACCAUGCGUGUCCCAAGAAAAUCAGAGCCUGAAUAUUAUUUGGAGCAAGUUCUUCCAAUACUCUUGAGAAGAAGUGUUGUGCAGCUGACAAAAUUUGAUUACAGACUCGCAAAUGAUCUUGAUGAUGAACUACAAAAGUUGCGAUGUAGAGUCAAUUAUCAUGCUUUAAGAUUUACCAAACCAAUAGAAGAACUUGGCCAAAGCCUUGUGUCGAAGAUGCACAAAAUGGCUAAGCGUUAUAUUGCAGUCCACUUAAGAUUCGAACCUGAUAUGCUGGCAUUUUCCGGAUGUUACUUUGGUGGAGGUGAUAAGGAAAGAUACGAGCUUGGUGAAAUAAGGAAACGAUGGGCCACUUUACCUGAUUUAAGUCCCGAGGGAGAGCGAAAACGAGGAAAGUGUCCUCUCACUCCAUAUGAGGUGGGUCUGAUGCUGCGAGCUCUUGGCUUUUCAAAUGACACGCACCUGUAUGUUGCGUCAGGAGAAAUUUAUGGCGGGGAAGCCACUCUGCAGCCUCUGAGAGAACUCUUCCCAAACUUCUAUACAAAGGAGAUGCUUGCUAAUGAGGAGCUGAGACCUUAUCUGCCAUUUUCAUCCAGGCUGGCAGCACUUGAUUACAUAGUUUGUGAUGAGAGUGAUGUAUUUGUCACUAACAACAAUGGGAACAUGGCCAAAAUCCUUGCAGGUCGAAGGAGGUACAUGGGACAUAAGCGGACCAUAAGGCCAAAUGCCAAGAGGCUGAGUUCUCUGUUUAUGACAAGGGAUCAGAUGGACUGGGAUACAUUUUCCAAGAAGGUGAAGUCUGCUCAGAGAGGAUUCAUGGGGGAGCCAGAUGAGAUCAGACCUGGACGAGGUGAAUUCCACGAGUACCCCUACCCAUGUAUCUGUGAAAAAACAGCAAGCGAUGACGACGGGGAUAAUAACGAUGAUGAUGGAAACAAUAAUGGAACCACUGGUGGUGGCUCUGGACCAGCAGGCCUGGGCAGUAAUGCAAAAGCUCGAAUGGACUCUUAGAACCAACAAUCAACAGGAUACGCUGAAAGGAAAUCUUACAAAGACAGCACAGGGAGGAAAAGCAAAUUGGAUGAAAGGACCCCGCAUGCACUCGUCUUUUUUAUCUCGUGAUGGGUCUUGCCUGUCAAAACUUUUUCAGGUUCCGAAUUUUCUGACCUAACCCAUGAAUUCACCCCGUCAGAGGCAAGUCAUAACCGAGUUGAAGCCCAGAUCAAAAGAUGGUUUCUGCUCUUAAUCUGCUCUGUGUAAGUCUGCUUUCGAAUGACUGAAAUUUGGUGAUGUGAAUAGUUGGUUGAGGAAAUUUGCUGAUCAAAGUGUGCAUACUUAGUUUUUAGGUUCAUAGCUUUUAUAACAUAUAUAGCCAUGACAGAAAACUUGUCUCCCAAACUUCUUUCAUUUGUUUAUGUGCCACGUUAAGAGUCAUUUUUGUGUUUUGUGCUCC